AUGGAUCGUCAAGUGAUUAUGCUGGACCAUGGAUGGGGACUUAUGCAGACUGGGACUACAAAGCUUAUUAAGAUUUUGGAAGGUCAUCCGGAACCACAAUUCAACUCAGAUAGUUACAUGAUGCUGUAUACAACAUGUUACAAUAUGUGUACACAGAAACCUCCCCAUGACUAUUCUGAGCAGCUUUAUGAAAAAUACAGAGAAGCAAUGGAGAACUACAUGACUGAAACGGUGUUGCCAUCUCUGAGAGAAAAGCAUGACGAGUUUUUGCUGAGAGAACUCGAGAAGAGGUGGAUAAAUCAUAAGAUUAUGGUCAGGUGGCUUUCACGGUUUUUCUUCUACUUGGAUCGUUACUACAUUGUUCGAAGAUCACUUCCACCACUUAAUGAUGUUGGACUUCUUUGCUUCCGUAAACUGGUGUACGAGGAGAUUAGGGUUCGUGCUAGAGAAGCUGUUAUCGCUCUGAUUAAUCAAGAGCGUGAAGGAGUGCAAAUUGACCGAGCUUUGCUCAAGAAUGUUCUAGCUAUUUUUGUCGAAAUUGGGAUGGGAAAUAUGGAAUGUUACCUGAACGACUUUGAAGCAGAGUUUCUAUCUGAUACAGCCGGUUAUUAUACCCGAAAGGCUUCUAACUGGAUUCAACAAGAUUCUUGUCCAGAAUACAUGAUAAAGGCUGAAGAAUGUUUGAAGAGAGAAAAGGACAGGGUUACUCACUAUUUGCACUCUAGCACCGAGGAGAAGUUAAUUGAGCAAGUACAAGAGCAACUAUUGAGCAAGGUUUCCCAGCAACUUCUUGAGAAGGAGCACUCUGGGUGUUAUGCACUGCUAAGAGAGGACAAGACUGAGGAUCUUACAAGGAUGUAUAAUCUCUUUUCUAAAAUCCCUAAAGGCUUGGACCCUGUUUCCCUGAUGUUUAAACAGCAUGUUACUUCUGAGGGUAUAGCCAUGGUCAAUCAGGCAGAAGAAGCGGCAAAUAGCAGAAAGGAGAAUCGAAGUGUAUCAUCGGGAUCGCAAGAGCAGAUGUUUAUCAGGAAAGUAAUCGACCUUCAUGAAAAAUACAUGCUGUAUGUGACAACCUGCUUUGCUGGCCACACUCUUUUCCACAAGGCACUCAAAGAGGCAUUUGAAGUGUUUUGCAACAAGGUUAUUGCUGGCAACUCAAGUGCAGAGCUCUUGUCUAAUUUCAGCGAUAAUAUCCUUAAGAAGGGUGGUAGUGAAAAACUGGAUGAUGAUGUCAUUGAGGAUACACUUGACAAGGUUGUGAAACUACUUGCUUACAUUAGCGACAAAGAUCUUUUUGCCGAGUUCUACAGGAAAAAGCUUGCUCGUCGUCUUCUGUUUGGAACGAGCGCUAAUGAUGAUCAUGAAAGGAGUAUCUUGUCGAAACUGAAGCAGCAGUGUGGCGGUCAGUUUACCUCGAAAAUGGAGGGCAUGGUGACGGAUUUGCAGCUAGCAAAAGAUAACCAAUCCGAAUUCGAGGAGUUCCAGAAAAGUAAUGCUCAUCCUGGGAUUGACUUGACAGUUACAGUCCUUACCACAGGGUUCUGGCCAUCAUACAAAUCAUUAGAUUUAAACUUGCCUGCCGAGAUGGCCAAGUGUGUGGAAGUUUUCAAGGAGUUCUAUCAGACAAAGACAAAACACAGGAAACUUACAUGGCAAUACUCACUGGGUACUUGCAACGUUGUUGGGAAAUUUCAGAAGAAACCUAUUGAACUUGUUGUGACAACUUAUCAGGCUUCUCUGUUGUUGCUAUUCAACUCGUCAGAUAAGUUAACUUACUCAGAGAUCUUGUCACAACUGAAUUUGUCGGAUGAUGAUGUUGUAAGGCUGCUUCAUUCCCUUUCAUGUGCAAAAUACAAGAUCCUUGCAAAGGAACCUAACACGAAGACAAUCUCUCAGAAGGACAGUUUUAUGUUUAAUGCCGAAUUUACUGAUAAAAUGAGGAGGAUCAAGGUGCCUUUGCCCCCUGUGGACGAAAAGAAGAAAGUGAUUGAAGAUGUUGACAAGGACAGACGAUAUGCCAUUGAUGCUUCCAUUGUUAGGAUUAUGAAGAGUCGUAAAGUCCUGCCUUAUCAUCAACUCUUGUCAGAAUGUGUUGAACAGCUAAGCAGAAUGUUCAAGCCGGAUUUUAAGAUCAUAAAGAAGAGGAUUGAAGAUUUGAUUACCCGUGAUUAUCUGGAGAGAGACAAAGACAAUCCCAAUACCUUUAGAUACCUUGCUUAAC